AAAGCCACAUAUAUUCCAACGUCGUCCGACUCCACACCUCGCUUUACCCCUAAUUUUCCUCGACUCCUUUACCCACAAGGACACAACCUUUCGGAUCUCUAACGCGCACGGCGGGGAAAAAGAUUUCCUUUUGGGCAGCCACAUUGACCCCAUAAUUUGGAAUUAGGGUUUUUUUUUUAAUCAUCCACUCCAAAUUGAACCCUGAUAUCCAAGUUCGUCGACCUAAUCUUUUUUGGGGUUUUCCCGAAAGAUGAUUAUUAUUUGUUUUCAAGUGAUUAGAUUAAUUUAUAUCCAAUUUUCUGACCCUUGUAUAGAGAUAUUUGACUGAUUUUCUCUUCUGCUGUCAAUAGGAUUCUGCUUUCAAUAGGAUCCUAUUUAGCUUUGCCCAGUUGGCGUUUGCCGUUGGCCUUUGCUCUUUUCUGUGCAAUAGUACUUAUACAUGUACAUAGCAGCUGUAUUGUAGAUAGAAAAAUACGUAAAUAGUUGUAUGUAUCUGUAGGUUUAUAUCUGAAAAAUGAAGCAAUCAAAGAAAAAGAAGAGAUCGCGAGCUUCUAGUAAGGGGAAUGCUGAAAAUCACGAUAAGAUUGCUGAUGAAAAAGAACAAGGGAUUCUGAAAAAUUUGUUGGAGGGGUUUGCUUCGGUGUCGGUGGAGGAAGCUGCUUCAGCGUACAGAGAAGCUGACAGAGAUCUGAGUAAGGCUGCGGAAACCCCCGGCACGAGUGCAGUCCUGGAGGAGCAGAGCAUGACGUGCUCCAGCUCUAGUCAGAAUUACGAUGCGGGUUCUAGCUCGAGUUCAAAUGCAUCGGAGGUGUUUGGUGAUGCAAAUAAUUUCCUUCAAGAUGGGUUUAAGCAGAAGAGUAAGCACAAGUUGAAGAAAAUUGUGGCUUCUGCAGGCACUGUGUCGACAGUGUUGGGGAAAGAUUAUGUGAGGUCUAUCCCAAAGAAGGCUCCUUCUAAAUCGAAGGGGUUUCGUGAGGAGAAUUGGAGCAAGGAGGAAGCUGAACAGUUCUUGUGCUCAAUGCUUGGAGAUGAUUGUGAAUUAAGCUUGGCUGUAGUUAGUGAUGUAUUAUGUCAAUGCGAUUAUAAUCUAGAUAAGGCUUUAGAUGUAUUGCUUGAAUUAUCAGCUUCCUCUAAAGAGCAAGUCAGUGGCUAUUAUGAGUCUACUAGCAGAGGAGACGCUCAGUAUCUUCUUGAAUCAAAUUACACUCUAAUUGAUGGAAUAUAUGACUCAACUUCUCGAUCAUCUGAUAUUGAACUUCAAGACAAUAUUUGGUUUACAGGAAAUCUUUCCAGGAAUGUUUCAAAAACUAUCAAAUCGGGUGAAUCUCAUCAUCCGACAGAGACAGGAAACUUGGAAUCAGAACUUCCUCAGAAGGUGUUGGAAUCCUUGUUUAAUAUGCCCACACCCAAGACUGCUGAACAUGAACCUAACACCAUGAACUGGAGAAAUGUGGUUAAGAAAAUGACAUCCCUUGGUCAUAGAUUUGAACCUGGUGACAGUGAACAAGGAUGCCCUAUCAAUGCUAAAGGAGAUGAAUAUCAGGUUUACAGAGAAGCUGCGAAACAGCACUGGAAUUCAAUGAAAUCUUACUAUCAGAAGAUUUUUCUGCAGGCUGCGACAGCAUUUACAAAUGGGGAGAAGGAAUAUGCUGCAUAUCUUUCUCAGCAGGGGAGGUUACAAAAUAAAAUGGCUCGAGAGGCAGAUGAAAAGGCUAGCCAGGAUAUAUUUAGUGCUAGAAAUGAGAGUAUUGAAAAUGUGAUAACGAUUGAUCUUCACGGACAACAUAUUAAACAAGCGAUGAAGCUUUUGAAGCUCCAUCUUCUGUUUGGAGCAUAUGUGCGCUCUGUGCGGUCAUUUAGGGUUAUCACUGGAUGUGGGAGCCAUGGAGUUGGCAAGUCAAAACUGAAAAACUCAGUCAUUAAUCUUCUGCAGAAAGAAGGUAUCACAUGGUCUGAAGAGAACCGUGGGACACUGUUCAUAAGGCUUGACGGACAGAGAGAUUUCAGCUUCCUAGAUUCUGGUAGUGAUAGUGAUUAACAAUACACGCGCAGCAUUCUCAUGUUUAGCCAAAAAGUUGCUAGUUGGCUCCUUGUGUUAGCAAAGAGUUGCUAAUGUCAGGUAGAUCCCUUGUAUUAUUACCAACUAUUAAUUUAGCAUUGUAGUUUAUCCCGUGUGGAAGAUUUCUUUAAUCAUUGUCAUUAGCUGAAGAUCGUUGUAACUUUAGAUGAUUCCAGAAGUAGACAGAUUAGAGCUGGACAGUUGCAUGUUGUUGUAUAUGAUGUACAAAGUGUCAGUUUGCUAUUUGUUCUCCAACUAUCCUAGUGUUGUAGCCUGGCCUUGAGCUUCAUUUCCUA